GAGCAAGUACGCAAUAAAAGAAAGACCAUAAAUGAAAAUUUGUGUGAAAUAGAAAAAGACAUGAGAACAAAGUAAAAAAAAAGUGUGCCAGAGAGAGAACAAGACGUACAGAUGCUUUGAGUUAUUUUUAUCGACUGUAUAGAUAUGUACUGUAUUUACAUACCAAUAUUUGUAUUCUCUUAACGUCGCAAAUAAUCUAUCGCUGUUUUUCAAGUGCGCGUUGCAUUGAUGCAGUUUUAAAUUACUUUGUUACAUUGUUCACUUAAACUUUAUUAUUUAUGUGAUUUUUGACAUUUUUUAAACAACAGUCAAGUUAGAACCAUGUUUGUGAUUAUGGAUUCUCUGCUACAGUAGCGAAAAGUGACAAAAAAAAAUAUUUUUUUGAUUUGUUUGAGUGCGUUAAAUUUAUCAGUUAAGACUUUGUUUUCUUUUAUUGUACAAAAGAACUAAAAAAAAAAAAAAGAUUUUGGUUUGUUUAUUGAGUGGACAUAAACUAUCGCACUCUUAGCGUCCAGUUUGUAUAUAUAUAUACAUAUAUAUACUGAUUACAAACGUCAGUGGCAAGUAGAUAACGAAAAAAAUUGUGAAAUUGAAAAUUCUUAACUUAAUUAACGCGUUUUUGUUUUUUGAUAAUUUCUGAGGGCAUCCAUUUUUGUUUAAGUAAAAAAAAAAUUAAAGCUUUUUAUUUAACUGAAUACUUAAUUAAGACGAAAAAAAUAAUAAGUAAUUUUGUAAUGUACCGCAAGUGUAGCACUGAAGAAUACGCUGUUACAUCAACAAUUAAAUUCGUCCACUCAAAGAGAAAAGGAAUUUUUAUAAAUAUAAAAAAAAUGUUGAAGAACAAGAUAAGUCGCCGUGAUCAAUUAAAUUUCUUAAUACUUCGUUGGAAUUGAACUACUUAUUUGAGAUAAUAAAUUCAAAUAAAUUCAUUGAGUUAAGGAGUUUUUUCUGAGAGCUGACAACUCUUGUGAAGACGACAAAUACUUAGAACAUGGUGAAAUCUGUUUGUUGAGAUCUUAUUUGAAGAGAUAUUUACGAUUUUCAUCAAUUUACUGCUGAAAGUAAUUUUAUUUAGAUAUUUUUUGACCAGAUAAUUAAACAUGAAGCUGCUUGAAAGUACUAGGUUUGAAGCGAUUAACAGUGCGCUGUGUAUUAAAACUGGCGACUGUAAAAUAAUCGGAAGAAUUGAAAGUUACUCAUGUAAAAUGGCUGGAAAUGAUAAACAAUUGUACAAACGAUUCAAUUCUGAACAAGGAGUUACACCACAUGACCUUCAAGCUUUAUCUCCACCACAAACAUCUCUUGGCACAUCACCAGCUCAAUCUUACUACAGUAAAAGUAUUUCUGGAGAUGAAGAGGGGCCAUUAUGUGACACAAUAAGCCGAAAAACUUUAUUUUAUUUAAUUGCGACUCUAAAUUCAGCUUUUUAUCCUGAUUACGAUUUUUCUGAUGCCAAGAGUCACGAAUUCAGUAAGGAGCCCAGUCUGCAGUGGGUUAUGAAUUCAGUUGACAGUAAUCUUAGUGCUACUGCUGGUGAUCAUUAUCGCACUCUGAGAUCUGCACUGUGGGCUGCAGUAGAAGAUGAAAUAUCAAUGAGCGAAUGUGAUAUUUAUAGCUACAACCCAGACUUGGCGUCGGAUCCUUUCGGUGAAGAUGGGUGUCUAUGGUCAUUCAAUUACUUCUUUCAUAAUAAAAAAUUGAAACGCAUUGUUUUCUUCACUUGCAGAGCAAUAAAUCCUUUGUACGCCUUAGAUUCUGGAGUCGGUAGUGAUUUCGCUAUGGAUGAAGACGAUGAUGACAAUGAUAAUGAUAAUUAUUAGGCGAUAAAUCUGUUACAACUUAACAAAUAUUGUUAAGUUGAUGAUUUAUUUUUUUCUUAUAUUUAUUUAAUAAUAACUUAAGAUGACAGGUAGUUUUUUGAGAACACCUCUUAUUUCAGAUUAGAUAUAAAUAUUGUUCACGCGCUAUUUGAUACAUAGCAUUGCAUUCAACUCCAUAAUUAACCAUUUAAGGUCAGUUUUUAAAUAUGUCACUCAAAUCCGUGAUUAAGAUAUACUUAAGUGUAUCAUAUAUUUAAUAUAUAUAUUAUAUAGUACGAACACCGAUAAAUUCAUUCGGAUUAAACUAAAACUGAGUUUUAAAAAACUGGCUCGUAAUUUUAUGAUAUUUGAAGUUAUUGUGAUUAAUUUUUUCGUAAACCCACCAUAGAUUAUUCUAUAAUAAUUGUAGUAAUUACAAACAUAUCACAGUGUUGUAUUAAUUGAUAAUUUUUUUGGGAAAUGGGAUCUCGUAUAUUCUUUGAUUAAAACUUUAGAUCCUUAGAAUACGAACUAUGAUUUAUGUAAACACUACAUAUUAUGUAUUUUGAAUGGUUUGAUAUUUACACGUGCAGUUUACCUGCGGUUUUAAGCAUAAUACAAAAAAUACAUAUAUACAUACUUGCAAAGAUGAUCGCUUAUUGAAUUUAAGGUUUGAUAUGAAUAUUCGAUUGAAUUGUAAAUGAGUAAAUACAGAAAGUUUGAUGAAAUUGUUUACAUUUAAUAUUAUUGCUGUGUUAUAUUGUUCUAUAUUUUGUCUCAAAAUUAUUUAUAUUUAAAUUUUUAAAUUUUGAGUGAAUCAAUAAAUAGUUUAUCA